CAAUGAUUACCAAAGUCUUCCUCAAUGUCAAUAAAAUUAUCGACUUUUUUUUCUGUCAUUUUUAAAUGGGAGUGUCCAGUGUUGGCUAUAAAGAGCCAAAACUGGACACUAGUCAACCUUGUGACAGAAAGCUGUUCCAUCACUUAAGUUGCAGAAGAUGUCAAGGAUCACUUUGUGGCUGUGUGUGGGAGUGUUUCUGUGGGGCUCUGCAUUUUGCACCAUCAGAUGUCCUGAUGGAAGCACCUGUGCUGACUUGAAUACAUGCUGCCGGACUAAUCAUGGAUAUGGCUGUUGUGCAUAUACAAAGGCUGUGUGCUGCGCUGACCUGAUCCAUUGCUGUCCGUCGGGAUAUCGCUGUAAUCUGGUCACACAGAUGUGCAUCAAACAAAACCAGCCAUGGAUCAGCAUACCGAUGGUGAAGAAAGUGGCUGCAGAGAUGCCAAGCACCCCCGAUCUGUCUCUAACCCCCAUUGAGAAGGCUGAAAACAACAUCCCUGACCAGAUAAAGAGUACAGUUGUCCACUGUGACAACUAUCACUAUUGUCCUGAUGGUACUACUUGCUGUAGACAUCCAAAGGGUGUCUGGUUUUGCUGUCCAUACUCUUCUGGAAGAUGUUGCCUGGAUGGCUUCCACUGUUGUCCAUACGGUUAUGACUGUGAUCUCACUUACACUCACUGUGUCAGGGAAGGCCUGAAGUAUCCGUUCAACUACAAACAAGCCAUGACUUCAGUCCCUGCCUCUCUCCUUUCAGCAUCAGGAGACAAAAGCAGCAUGCAAGAGACAGUGUUCAAAGCUCUAACAGAAGCCAGCAGCAGCUCCUAUGAGGAGGGAGUUAGCCGCUGUGAUGAUACAUUUUAUUGCCCAAACGGCUCAAGCUGCUGCAAGGGACCCGAAGACGAGUGGAACUGCUGCUCCAACUAACUGAGUUUAUGAAGUUCUGAUGGUCGGCACUGCUAUGAGAACGUAUCAUCCUUUUCUGCCAAAUGCAGAAAAAAGAAGAUGAUGGCUACAGCAACCCACCAAAAACCCUCCAAUCAUAUUGUUCAUUUUUACUUGAUCUGUUUCCCUCUGUUUGGUAAACAUCUUCAAUAAAAUCUAAUUUUGCUUGC